AAUGGGUGGUAAGGUCUCACCUGAAGGAGAUUUGUACAGCUAUGGAAUUCUCUUGUUGGAAAUGUUCACUGGUAGAAGACCCACCGAUGAACCAUUCAAAGAUAAUUUUAAUCUUCACAAUUUUGUCAAACACUCAUUGCCAGAUCAGGUAAUGGGGAUUGUGGACCAAUCUGCUCUGCAUAAAGAAUCUGUGGGAAAAGCUAUAAACAAUUCUUCAUGUUGGAAUGACAUCAGAAGUGAACAGCUUGAGUGCUUGAUUUCUGUUUUUCAAAUUGGAGUUGCAUGUUCAGCAGAAGUUCCACAAAACAGAAUGGACACACAGCAAAUUUUGAGGGAACUGCUUUCUGUCAGGGUCAAAUAUCUUGGAAUUUGAAUGGUUGGGAAUGCAAAUCGACAGCAUCGAUAACAUUAUAAAUUGUUUGGUAUCCAGUUUUUGACCUUUUGUGCUUGCUACUUAUGAUCUGCAUCUGUUUCCAUACUGUAUCGUGUAUAUACCGCUUAUUUGAUCUUACGUACCUUGUUUCAAAAUCCUCUUAU